AUGUUGCAGUAUCCUACAGAAUGGACCGAUGAGAAGCAUAGUUUGUAUCUUAAAUCAAUGGAAGCUUCUUUCGUAGAUCAGCUCUACAACUCCCUCGGUUCCAUUUCCAACAAGGAGACUGUCGGAUCAUCAUCGAAGAGGCUCGGUAAUAAUAGAAAACCUUCUGAAGAACAGUUCAAGGUUCUUCGUGAUGGUUUCUGGCAGAAGAUGCAUGUAAGAGAACCUGAGUAUCGUUUUAAAGGAAGACAAGGUCGUCGUUCUCACGAGUUUCUUAGGAGUCCUUGGAUCAACCACUAUAAGCCAUUACCAAAGACCCUAAGUGAUGAAGGUAGUUCAGAGGUGGUUAGGUCGAAGGGUAUCGUCAUAUGCAGCUCUCUUUCACGUGACCGGGAUCAAAUUAGCGUUGGAGAAGAAGAAGUAUCUGACCAGAAUUUUGUCAACGAAGUAACCAAAGGCGAAAAGGGAAGCUCCAAGAAGAUGAAGACUGUGAUGAGUGGAUCGUCUAGCACUGAUCAGGUUAAUUUCUUCCACCAAUUAGUUUUUGAUCAUAGAAUGUGA